AUGCAAAGCCCAGUGAGGUUCUCAAGCUGCAGAGGCGUGACAUUUGAGAUCAAUACUCCUCAUGAAAACCCUUUUACCGUAACAGAACGUUCCAUCAGCAAAAGGUUGUGGCCAUUUGCCUCCAACUCUAAGGUCUUCCCUUCAUUUUCAGUUCAAAGAUCCACCAGCAGGGCCAGUAGCCAUUUCUGUGACCUCGACCUCGAUGACGACGACGACGAAGAAAAUGACGAAGCUCUCCAAGAAGAAGACAACAACAAUGAUGUGGAGAAGCAGCAGGAGCAGGAAAAGCCAUUUGCCAAGCCAGCUGUUCCUCCUGCUUCUGCUGCUCCAAAGAAGAGUGACAUGAGACUCUCGGUUAUACUUCUAGACCAAGGGUUGUUCACUGUGUACAAGCGUCUCUUCACGGUUUCCCUGAUCUUGAACAUCACUGCUCUGGUUGUUGCUGCCACGGGACAUUUUCCCUAUGCAACGAACAACGCUGCUCUAUUCUCCAUUGCCAACAUACUUGCUUUGAUUCUCUGCAGAAGCGAGCUUUUCUUGAGACUUGUCUUUUACCUUGCCAUCAAGAUCCUAGGGAGAUCAUGGGUUCCUCUCUUCAUCAAAACCGCCACCACUUCUCUUCUGCAAAGCGUAGGAGGCAUACACAGUGGCUGCGGCAUCUCCUCCAUCGCGUGGCUUCUGUAUGCUUUGAUCCUCACACUCAAGCAAAGAGACAACACUUCACCGGAGAUCAUUGCUGUCUCCAGCGCCAUUCUCGGCUUCCUCUGUAUCUCUGCCCUUGUGUGGGCUUUCGUAAUACUCAGAAUCUCCUAUGAUCCAACAACAAAAUCAUAGAGAAAUGAAGUUGGAAAGGCUUUGGUCCAUAGCCAAGAGUUCUGGAUGACAGUGGCCAUCACAGUGCUCAUAGUGGCUCCUUGGUUGACAGUGAGGCGUGUCCCGGUUAGAGUUACAAGCGCUUCCGGCCACGCUUCCAUCAUCAAAUUCGAAGGAGGAAUAAAGGCAGGGAUACUUGGAAGGAUUAGCCCUCAUCCUCUAUCUGAGUGGCACGCGUUUGGGAUAAUCUCGGAUGACAAGAAAGAGCACAUGAUGUUGGCCGGUGCAGUUGGAGACUUCACGAAAUCUUUGGUGGCAAAGCCUCCAACGCACCUGUGGGUUCGGCAAGUGCACUUUGCAGGACUCCCUUAUCUUACAAACAUGUAUGAUAGGGUGUUGUUGGUAGCCACCGGGUCUGGAAUCUGUGUGUUCCUUUCGUUCCUCUUGCAGCCAUGUAAGGCAGAGAUUAAGGAAAUGAUGAGUGGACACUCGAAAGAGAAGGUUAUAGUUCAUGACACUGCUGUGCUUGGCAGGCCAAACGUGUCUGAGAUGAGUGUCAAUGCUGCCAACAACUUUGGUGCUCAAGUCGUCAUUGUCACAAGCAAUCCUCAAGGAAGCAGAGAUGUUGUCAAUGCAUGCAAAGCUAAUGGAAUUGCAGCCUUUGGUCCCAUUUGGGAUUCCUAG